UGAGUCACAUUGAUUCGUCAGUUCUGCGAUCAUUCAGCAUCAUGCCUGAACCAGCCAAGUCCGCGCCUAAGAAGGGCUCCAAGAAGGCCGUCACAAAGACCGCCGGUAAGGGAGGAAAGAAGCGCAGAAAGUCCAGGAAGGAGAGCUACGCCAUCUACGUGUACAAAGUGCUGAAGCAGGUUCAUCCUGACACCGGCAUCUCCUCCAAGGCGAUGGGCAUCAUGAACUCUUUCGUCAACGACAUCUUCGAGCGCAUCGCCGGUGAGGCGUCUCGUCUCGCUCACUACAACAAGCGCUCCACCAUCACGUCGAGAGAGAUCCAGACCGCCGUGCGUCUGCUGCUGCCCGGUGAGCUGGCCAAACACGCCGUGUCUGAGGGCACCAAGGCCGUCACCAAGUACACCAGCUCCAAGUAGAGUCCCCGAGACUCCCACACACCCAAAGGCUCUUUUAAGAGCCACCCAUAUACUCACACAAAAGAGGUUUUAACUUUAAUGGAGCGUUUUGGGGAUUUGUAUUCGUUGUAAUUACAACGUGAAAUAAUAAAUUGACUUAAGUUUGUGUAUUUAUAUCUAAGUGAUAUAUAUUUGGGGAUUCUUAAAGAAUAAAUGUGGAAGACUGUGAACUAAA